UUCACCUAAACUGCACCACGGCCUGCAGCCUGCUCCUGCGCGCAUCUGAGGAUUACAGACAAGAAAAGGCAGCAUGGAUUUGGUGUCCUCCAUCCUGUCCACCCUCUCUCUUCCCCGUAUCUCCAUUCUGGCCCCUGACCCUUCUCUCUCUCCAUCUCCCCCCUCUCCUCCUCCCUCUCAGCAUGCUGAUGCUCUGUGUGGCAGCUGCCCGUCCUCUGGUUCUGCCCCACAGGCUAACAGCGUUUGGCCCAGCCUGCCGCCGUCUGGAGCUGGGUUCCCUGCGUGGCCUGGACAGCCCACCCAGCCUGCACCGUGCUGGACUGGCCAGCCAAACACACCCUGCUGGACUGGGGCACAACCAGCUCCGUCCUCUGUCCCGGCACCAAUUUCAUUCCCAGCCCCGGCUCAAACCGUCACACCAGCCCCUGCUCCUGCCACAACCGUAGUCCCGGCUCCAGUUCAACUUCCAGCUCCAGCUCCAGCUCUGGUGCAGCCCUGCCAGCCUUGCUGGCCGGGCACCCAGUACCAGUCUCCCCAGCCACCAGCUCCAAUUCAAGCUCAAGUCCCUGCUCAAGUUCCAGCUCCAACUCCGGUCCCAGUCCCAGCACCUGCUCCUGCUAUGGGCAUCCACCCAAAUGUACCAGGGUGGCCUGCCCAUCCUGGCUGGCCUUAUAACCCAGGACAGUCAGGGUGGCCUGGACAGAGUCCAUCUAUCAUGCCUCCACACUGGCUUCCACCCACAUCUGGACCUCUCAGUGUGCCUUACAACUUGAACCUGGCCCGAGGGGUGUAUGACAAGAUGAUGAUGACCAUCCUGGGCCAUGUCAAACCUAAUGCCAAAAUGUUCACAGUGAACUUCCUGAGAGGCAACGACAUCGCCUUUCACAUCAACCCCCGCUUCAAUGAGGGGGGCAAACAGGUGCUGGUCCGUAACCACAAAGUGGGCGAGCGCUGGGGCUCAGAGGAGAGGGAUCUGAAGGGACCCUUCCCUUUUGGUCUCGGGAGCCCGUUUGAGAUGAAGAUCCUGUGCUCUCAUGAGGCGUUCAGGGUGGCAGUUAACAACAUCCCGCUGUUUGAGUUCAGACACCGCAUCAGAGAGCUCAACCAGAUUGACAGAAUCAACAUCCUGCAUGACGUCGUCCUCACCUACGUCAAUGUGGAGAUACUUCCAUAGGAGGCAUAUUACAAAUACAGAGAGAUUUGCACAUGCCAGUACACACACACACACACACACACACUAUCUAUAGACUACAUCCUGCAGGAACUAAAACUUUCUAAUUUAUUUAUCAUGAUGCUUGAAGGUUGAACCAGUAAGUGUGUUAAUAUAUGAUGUACUAUUAAUACUGACAUGAGCUGAGCUCAUCCUAUAAUAAGCUACAGGAAGUUCCUCUACCACAUAGCUAACCAUUUAAUACACACAGCUUUCUCUUGCAGCAUGGAGAUGCUAUAGUAUUUAUUGUGUACAAUAUUUUCUAUAUCAUUAAAGUUUCUAUAUUAUUAAAUUGUGACUAACUGAGAAUUAAAUUGUAUCUAUAUUGCUAUAAAA